GAUUAUUCGACGAUCCACUCUAUAUUUUGUACUGUAUGGGCCUAAUGCUCAGGAUCUUUUCUUAUCUUUGCAUUAACUAGCCAAACUGCUUUACUUUUGUUAGUUUUCUUUUUAACUUUACUUUUCUUUCCAUACCUGGCACCUGGUUAUAUCCACGAUAAUAUGUCCUCGAAAUCGACAAGUAAACAUGUACAUGUUGCUCUUCUUCGGAAAGAGCCCGGAAGAAAUCAUGUGACUUGUUGUGUGAUCCUUUCGACAACAAUAUAAACAAGGGCACUGUUCUAUUCCGCUGAAAUCCACACUCGGCACUCUGCACUGGAUGUUGAUCUAGCUUGGCGGGCUGCAGGUGAGACGAGAGAUUGGUGAAAAUGUUCUCCGUGCCACAAACUUGCUUGGGCCUGGUCGUCUUUGUGGGUGCACUUGUUGCUUCUGCAGCUUCUAAUGACGCUGUGUCCACAUGGGACUUUGAGAUUUCAGAACGCUAUGAUUGGGAAGUUUCAAAACGCUAUGAACCGAACUGGGCGUCUCUUGACAAAAGGCCCUUACCCUCCUGGUACGAUGAGGCUAAGAUAGGAAUAUUUCUCCACUGGGGUGUGUUUUCGGUCCCCAGCUAUGAAGGAGCAUGGCUUUGGUACUGGUGGAAAGGCCCCCAGCCGAGGCUCAGUAUUGUGGAGUUUAUGGCCCGGAAUUACAAGCCUGACUUCACCUACGGAGACUUCGCCCCUCAGUUCACAGCCGAGUUUUACCAGCCAGCCCGAUGGGCGGAUAUCUUCAAAGCUUCUGGAGCAAAAUAUGUAGUCUUGACAACCAAACAUCACGAAGGUUUCUGCAACUGGCCUACAAAGUACUCUUGGAACUGGAACUCAAUGGAUGUUGGUCCCAAACGAGAUCUUGUUGGUGAUUUGGUGACAGCGUUGCGUGACAAAGGACUGAAAUUUGGAGCUUACCAUUCCCUGUUUGAGUUCUUCCAUCCCCUGUAUCUGCAAGAUAAGAAAAACAAUUUCACGACUCAAGACUUUGUGAGAACCAAAACUUUGCCUGAGCUGUACGAGCUGGUGAACACCUACAAGCCUGAGGUGAUCUGGUCCGACGGCGACUGGGAAGCUCCGGACACCUACUGGAACUCCACAGAAUUUCUGGCCUGGCUCUAUAAUGACAGUCCUGUGAAAGACGUGGUGGUGACCAACGACAGGUGGGGGGCGGGAUGCACGUGUCAUCACGGCGGGUACCUGACCUGUCAGGACAAGUACAACCCUAAGAAGAAGCAGAACCGUAAGUUUGAGGAUUCUACCACCAUGGACAAGUAUGCCUGGACUCACCGACGUAACAUGCGUCUGAGCGACGUGCACUCCAUGGAGCAGGUCGUCGCGACCAUCGCUGAGAUUGUCAGCUGCGGAGGUAACCUGCUAAUCAACGUGGGCCCGACCAAAGACGGCGUGAUCAUCCCCAUCUUUGAGGAGCGGCUGAGGCAGAUGGGGGAGUGGCUCGGGGUGAACGGGGAAGGGAUCUACAAGACUCGACCCUGGACCUUCGUCAACGACUCCCUCACCGAGGAUGUCUGGUUUACAUCCAAAUCAUCGGCCAGCAGGGACACGACUGUUUAUGCCAUUUUGCUGACGUGGCCCACCACCAGCGUUCUGACCUUGGGCCGACCCAGCCCCACCGCAGACACCAAGGUCACACUGCUGGGAUAUUCAGGAGAGUUCAAAUGGGCCCACCACACCGGCUCUGGUAUCGAUAUCGCGCUGCCUAAGAUCCCAUUCAAUAAGUUGCCCUGUAAAUGGGGAUGGGUCUUCAAACUAACAAUGAUUAGCAAUUGAUUGAAAUUUUUGUGUGUAUGUGGCAGAAAGGGGGGGGGGGGGGGUUUCCCAAAAAAUAUUUCUUUUCUUCUUUUUUUUGUUGUUGUUGUAAGGAUUGGCAUUGGUGUCCUCUUAUGCUUUUGUUAAAAAAAAUUGUUGUUUGUUUUGUUUUGGUUUGUUUUGGUUUUUUGUUUGGUUUUUUUUUGGGGGGGGGUGGGGGUGAAAUGUGAAAUCAUUUUUAAAGUGGAAAAAAAUGCUUUGAUUGUUUAUCUUGCUCCUUAGUUAGAGAAUUACUGUGUUGAUGAAUCUUAGAAGCUCAGUGAACAAGCCAUAAUAUUUAACGUUUUAUACAGGAAAGGAAUUCUGAAUUGCAUCUAAGCUGAGUGUUACUUUUAUUGUUGGUUUUUUUUAUGAUUGUUGCUGACGCCUUUCAUUAACUUUUUUGUUAUAAUUCUUUGUGUUUUAAAUACUUUGACAUUCCAUUAUGUCUCUUUUUGACUGCACUUUAUGAAAUGGAUGUACUUAGAAGAAAAUGUGUAGCUUCCAGUAUGUCUCUUUUUUACAGCACUUUAUGAAAUGGAUGUACUUAGAAGAAAAUGUGUAGCCAACACAUCUCCUUCCAAGACCUAACAUUGACAUCACACUCUGUGCAAUGUUACAGCAAACUUGCACUUAUCACUACAUGGUAUUGGACAGAAUGGUGAGGGCUCAGCUGUUGCUGGAUUGAUGACAACUACAAAAGAAAAUGUUUUGUUUUCUUUAACUUGAACAUUUUGCCUUUACAAGGAUUAUAGUAAAAACCCUUGCUGUGAGAGGCUAAGGCAUUUUGGGGAAAAUCCAAAGAAACUGGGUGGUAAAUAUCGCCGAUUGGCGAGAUGUGACGGCAAAGUGUUAAAAACGCAUGGUCUCGGUGUAAUUCGUUGAGGGUACUUUUGAUUGAGAUUUUCUUUUCACGUGAGAUAGGAUAUACGAGGAGGAGUUCAGCAAAGCCUUUGAAACUUUGAUGGUAAAAGUUCACAUGCUGUCGUUCUAUAUAUUAUAUAUAUAUAUAUCUUUUUCUCAUACUUUUCUUACACCAAGAAAAUUUAACUCUUUAAACCCCAUCGGAGGCUGGGAACAUCUGGUGGUAAUAACCCUGUUCCCUAUCGUACACUGAUAGCUUCCAGUACCAGUGACAACUAUUUCGUUUCAUUUAGUGCUAGUUUUAGCUUGUUUUUCAGAACUAUUCCCGGUCCAAGUCUUUUUAGUAAUCACUAAGCUUUUAUUUAGAAGUUGGAGGCAAGCUUUUGGGGUUAUAAUGAGAAAAUAGUGCACCAGGUUUAGGUGACUGUAGAAAAACCUCCAGGAAACCAUGGAAAAAACUCAGAGUUUAAAGAGUUAAAAUCACACAUCGCCUGUCCACUGGCUUUCAGUCAUUUCUUAAUUUGGACCCGUUCGUUAUUCUUUCCUGACGGACUUCAACUUACAAUGGUCUGUGUCCAGCAACAAGACCGAACUGACCAGAGAUGGUUAUGUACGUAUGCUGUGUGGUUGUGUCUGCUUUCGACUUUUAUUUUCUGCAUUGAUGUUUCCUACUGGAAAAGUAUGCUUUUCCUGCUCUUUCAAUGUCUGUACUUAAUAAAUAGACGCUAUAGAGUUUAGUUGGUUGCAUCCUUAUCGUUUUUGGUUGUUUGUUGUGGGGGGGGGUUUGGGGGGGGGGGGGUCCUACGCUGGGUUUUUUUUUAGGUUAAGCUGAAUUCAAAUUGAGAUGUAACUGUUGUAACUUUUUACAUUUUUCAAAGCUAUCAUUGUAGCACCACUGAUUUCUGAUCUGUGUGCAGGAAAAUUUUCAUUCUCGAAACAUUUUUUUUUUCCUGGGAUUUUUUUUUUUUUCGAAAGAAGAUUGCACAAACCUAGAAUUAAAAUCCGACAAUCAUACAGCAAUAUUUUUGUAGCUGCCUUCUACAUUAAUAUUCUACACAAACGAAAUGGUGCAAGCUUAAUAUUUUUAUUGAUUAUUUAAGUAUCUGAUGUGUGUUUCUAUAUAUUAUGUAUGUAUCCAUGUUAAAAAGAUAAAUGCACCAGGACACUGUGGAGUCAGGCGUUCGUCAAUCUUUGGGCGUAUGGAGUUACUGGUGUAAUCUUACAACUUGUUCAUUUGUCUUUCUUUUGAUGAGUGAAUAGAAAUUGAGAUAUUUCCAAAUGAAGGAGGUGGGGGUUUGCCUGAUGCCAGAGGUAUAUAUAA